UUCUUGAAUGCUCUCCUGGUGGACAUCAGCUCCUACAGAGCCCCUACCGAAGCGUUGAUUUUGAUUCAUCCCAUCUCCAGCAAUCAGCUAUUCAGGAUUUAAUAUGUGACCAUUCCCUAACACCAGGAUGGUAUCGCUUUAUGAUUUUUGAUAAGCCUGCUGAGAUGCCGACCAAGUGUGUGGAGAUGAAUCGCUGUGGUACUCAAGCCCCUGUUUGGUUGUCUCUGAGGGAGUCAGAAUCCAUGCCUCGACCUGGUGAGAUCAAGCAGUUAACAGCUUGUGCUACAUGGCAGUUUUUCUUCAGCACUUCAAAAGACUGCUGUCUUUUCCGAAUUCCUGUCAGUGUGAGGAACUGUGGAGAUUUCUUUGUUUACUUACUGCAGCCCACCCAAGGAUGCAUGGGGUAUUGUGCAGAAGGUAAACUGGCUCCUUCAUCAUCUCCACCUGUGUCACCACCACUACCAGCCAUUCCUGAAGUUGUAGCAGAGUUGAUCAAAGGCAGCAUUUACCUAAGGUGUACCUUUGGUGCUCCUUUUGCAAAUACCUCAGUCGGAUUCGUUGUAAUUUGGUCAAGACUUUCUCCUGAAGGUAUCAAAGAAGAACUGAAACAUGAGACAGCAGUUCAUACAUUCUCACUUCUAGAACUAGAUGGGAUAAACGUCAGACUUGGAGACAGAGUCUACUGUAGCAGUUCUGCUUUUUUCAUGGAGAAGCCAGAUAUACAAAGCUCUUCUGUUGAGAGCAAGGAAUUUUUUGCUGGCAUUAAGAUACAUCCAGAAACAUAUGAUAUAUCAGAAGAUGGGAAGGAAUACAGACUGGCAAUAGAAAGUAGCAUUCCUAUUCCUUGUCCUGAGUCUAGCCAGCUUGAAAGUGACUGCAAAAUCUCACUAACAUUAAAUACUGUUGAUGAAGGUAAAGAGCAGUUAGGUUUAAACUUGGCUCUUUCUUCUUGUCACGUGGAUCUUCUCCAGAAACCCUGCAAUAACAGAAUCUGUAGUCAAGCUGUAAUUUAUUUCACUGCUGUGACAGACUUUAUGCAGGAUGGAGACAGAAUUACCAGAAUUGCAAUCGAACCUGUAUCCAGUGAGAAUUUCUUGUGGAAUGGCUAUGUUCCAGAAAGCACACAGAUUACAGUAAAGGAUCUACCCACUGCCUACUGCUACUCAUUUACUGACCCUCAUAUAAUUACAUUUGAUGGAAGGCUCUAUGACAAUUUUAAAACAGGAACAUUUGUUCUCUAUAAGAGUAUGUCUCGAGAUUUUGAAGUUCAUGUUCGCCAGUGGGACUGUGGAAGUCUUCACCAUCCAGCAUCCUGUAACUGUGGCUUUGUUGCCAAAGAAGGAAGUGAUAUAAUUGCAUUUGACAUGUGCAGUGGUCAGCUACGUGAGUCACAGCCACACUUAACUGUAAUAAGUAGAGACACAACAGGAAGCAAUGUCAGAAUCACUGAAUCCUACCUAGGAAGAAAAGUAACAGUUUUGUUUUCUUCUGGAGCUUUCGUUCGAGCUGAUGUGAGUGAAUGGGGAAUGAGCUUAACACUUAGGGCACCCAGUUCAGAUUACAGACAUACAAUGGGACUCUGUGGCACCUUUGACGGAAAUGCAGAGAAUGACUAUCACACUGCAAGUGGGGUGGAAAUCCCAAACCUUGCUAAUGUUCCUUUUUCUUUUAUUAAGGAAUGGAGAAUUUCACCAGGAGAUAGCUUGUUUGACAAGAUACCUGCUUCUUUAACAUCUUCCAGAAAAAUAGUCUUCUGCGACUGCACACUUGAAGAUGCUGGAUUAUUUCAAUCAGUGAAUAAACUAGAGACAGUUUCCAAGUCAGAACUUCCUCUGUCUUGUAAAGAAAGUGAAAAUGGUAGAUUACUUUCUUUGAUACCAGGACUGGAUGUCACUGCUGAAUAUCUCAGUCCUGUUGAUCUUGUCAGAGGCUUAAAGAAACGUUCGUCCGCACGUGAAAUGGGUUCAUCUGCACUUCCGCAGGGGAAGGAUAAUCAAACCAAACUUCACAAAGCAUUACUUUUAAACACACAUGUCUCUGCAACCUCGGUGGGAAAUAUUGGUGUAGAAAGAGAAGGAACUUCAAGCUCAGACAUUAGAAGAAAUUCUCACCAUUACAGUAGUCACCUUCACAAAAGAAAAUCUGUUACAAGUAGGAGAAAGCGCCAAAAUUACUAUGAAUACCAUCCGGUGUUUCUAUUCCAAAGUCUUAGCCAAACAGAUUUAGAGGGAUAUAGUUAUUUUUUCCCAGAGGACCAUGCCACAGACACAGACCAAAAGUUCCUUCCUUCCUGGCCAACACCUUCUGGCCUCACCGAGACUAGUGCUUUGUUACUGUGCCAGCAGGCAAUAGCCAAUUCCAGUAUAGGAAGAUCUUGUGGUGGCCACCUUGGCCGGCGAAUAGAGGAUGCGGUCAAUAUGUGUGUUAAAGAUUUGUUGCUGAAAGAUGACCUCAGCUGGGCAGAAGCUUCCUUAGCUCUUCUAGAGAAUGAAUGUGAGAAAAGAGUUUUAGAAGAAAUAAAUUACAACCGACAGGAACUUGAAGGGUCGAUUGAGAGCCUGCUUAUUGCAUUACAGUGUCCCAGUCUCUGCAGUGGUAAUGGGGAAUGUACAGAAUGGGGCUGUGCAUGUUUUGAAGGCUACAGCUCAUAUGACUGCAGCACACUGUCUGACCAGGCUCCGGAAAUUACAGAGCUGGAGAAUGCUGGGCUGUGCGAUAUUCGACAGUAUGACUGCACAUCAGUGAGAGCUUUUGGACAUGGCUUCAGAGAGUCAUCGAAUCUCAGAUGUGAAAUUAUCAAAUUACAAUAUAGUGAUAGCAAAUGGAUUCCUGGAGAACCUCUAACUAUGCCAGCUGCCUUCCAAAAUGCCAGGACUGUCGACUGCCAGUUACCAAGUGAUGGCCAGCAGUCUGAUGUCAUGGAUCUGGUUGAUGAUAAACCCAUUGCCAGGUGGCAAAUAAAGAUUUCUAAUGAUGGAUUCAUUUAUAGCAACUCUAAAACAAUGAUAUUAUAUGAUGGAGCCUGUCAGACAUGUGAAACACAGGAGUCGGGGUUAUGUACAUUAAAGGAGAAAACAUGCAAUAUAGAUGGACUCUGUUACGGUGAAGGUGACACAAAUCCAACCAGCCCUUGCUUGCUCUGCAGACCUGACGUAUCAAAGUUAACAUGGUCAGUUGUUGAAAACAACCAGCCUCCUGUGCUUGAAACUUUUCAGGGUAUGCUGCGGACUUUUUAUGGCGAAGAUUUAGUGUAUCAGUUUUCGGCUUCAGAUCCAGAGGGCUCUGCUAUUCAUUUCACUUUGGAUUCUGGUCCAGAAGGUGCCAGUCUUUCCCCAUCAGGUCUACUUUUGUGGAAAGCUGUGUCAAUGAAUCCCCAUAAAUUAACGUUUUCUUUGACAGAUGACUGCAACGCGAAGACUAAGGUAGAAAUAGAGGUCAGUGUAAAAUCAUGUGAUUGCCUAAAUAAUGGCUCAUGCGUGACAAACAUCAGUUUCCCACCUGGAAGUGGAAGAUACCUUUGUGUGUGUGUGGCUGGAUUUGAAGGUGAUCUCUGUCAAGUGAAUACUGAUGACUGUAAACUUAACCAGUGUGGUUUUGGCAGAUGUGUGGAUGGAAUAAACAGCUAUUACUGUGAAUGUCCACCUGAACUUCGAGGUAAAAACUGUCAAGAUGAUGUAGAUGAAUGUGUAUCCAAUCCUUGCUUCCCUGGAGUGUUUUGCUUCAAUACUUUUGGUUCUUACUAUUGUGGUCCAUGCCCAAAUAAUCUGCAAGGAGAUGUGAAGUCAUGUUAUGGUUUUCAAAAGUCUUCCUUUGAGAAGGUUUCAAGCAUCUCAAGCAAUAUUCCAAGUUCUACAGAUGUCCUCAAGAGAUUUGUUUCUACAGAAAUGGUCAGUAGCAGCACUCCACCAGCCUCCAUAGUAGAAACAGUCACUGCUUGGAAGUCACUUGAUUCUUGGAGAAGUGCUUCUGUACAACCUGCUGUUAUGGGAAACAUUGCUCGUGCUCUCGGCACCAUCAGUGGUCAGUUUGCUAACGUGGAAGAGAGUUCUUCCGUACAUGCUGUGAUCACUGCGUCUUCAAGGAGCCGUGCUGUAUCACCUGAGAAGAAAGCAAGGGUGCAAGCUGAGGCCUACAGCUACUUUGGGACCAGCGGUAAGACUUCUCCUAGCAGCCAAACAAGUUUAAGCAAAGGGCUUUCUUUGCCAAGCGAAGCCUUCAACAGUGGAAAUGCUCACAGAGUUCAGCACCUAUUAGCCAAGCAUAAUGCGAGUCCUUUGCCUUUUGUCCUUGUUGAAGUCACUGUCCCACCAAAAAUGUUUCCUGAAGAAUUGAGUGAAAUAGUGAUUCCUGAAGCAGGAACCUGUACCGAUUUACCCUGUUUUCCUGGUGUACCUUGUGAGCCAAGUCAGGAUGGAAGAGUGAAGUGCGGCCGUUGUCCUUAUGGUUAUUAUGGAGAUGGCUUCACUUGCAGAGCAAGAUGUAGACAAACAUGUGGCAAGAAUAUGGAGUGUGUGGCACCCAAUAUUUGCAAAUGCAAGCCUGGUUAUACUGGGUAUAACUGUCAGGCCGCUCUAUGCAGACCUGAUUGCAAAAACCGUGGGAAGUGCAUUAAACCAAAUGUCUGUGAAUGUCUACCAGGAUACAGUGGCUCCUCUUGUGAGGAAGCACAUUGUAAACCACCCUGUCAAAAUGGAGGUACAUGCUUGGCCAGAAAUCUCUGCACCUGCCCAUAUGGUUUUGUGGGACCAAGAUGUGAUACAAUGGUUUGCAACAGACACUGCGAAAAUGGUGGUGAAUGUCUUACUCCAGACAUCUGCCAGUGUAAACCUGGGUGGUACGGACCUACAUGCAGUACAGCAAUGUGUGACCCUGUGUGUCUCAACGGUGGUUCCUGUACUAAGCCAGAUGUUUGCCUCUGUCCACAUGGAUUCUUUGGUGCACAGUGUCAGAAUGCUGUCUGCAGCCCACCUUGUAAGAAUGGUGGUCAUUGCAUGAGAAGCAAUGUCUGUACUUGUCCUAAUGGGUACACAGGCAGAAGAUGUGAAAAAAGUGUCUGUGAGCCAAGGUGCAUGAAUGGAGGAAAGUGUGUAGGGCCAAACGUUUGCUCUUGUCCUUCAGGAUGGAGGGGAAAAAGAUGUAACACACCUAUCUGUCUUCAGGAGUGUAAGAACGGUGGGGAGUGUAUUGGGCCGAGCACGUGUCAUUGUCCGCCGCAGUGGGAAGGAAUCCAGUGUCAGACACCUGUGUGCAACCAGAAGUGCCUGUUUGGAGGCAAGUGUGUGUUGCCUAACGUAUGCUCUUGUCGUCCUGGUUAUACUGGAGUCCUCUGUGGGAAGAAAAUUCAGCGUUCAAGAAACAGCACAGGCGAGACAUGGAACAACGGACGGAGGAGUUUCAACCUGAUCUGCAUCCCAUUUAAAAGGCUGCAAAAGCUAAAUGAGGCCAAACAGGAACAUGUCCAGAAGACAGGCCUCAUCAUCCUCCACAUUGGCGAUUUGUGA